AUGGCGGAUAAGGAAAAGAAGAAAAAAGAGAGCAUUCUUGACCUCUCCAAGUACAUAGAUAAGAACAUUCGAGUGAAAUUCCAGGGUGGAAGAGAAGCAAGUGGCGUCCUGAAAGGGUUUGAUCCUCUACUGAACCUUGUAUUAGACGGCACCAUAGAAUACAUGAGAGAUCCAGAUGACCAGUACAAACUAACAGAGGACACAAGACAGCUAGGACUUGUGGUUUGCAGAGGGACAUCUGUGGUUCUAAUUUGCCCGCAGGAUGGCAUGGAGGCUAUCCCUAACCCUUUUGUUCAACAGCAGGAUGGUUAAUGUCCCAUAUUGAACUUCACUUUAUGCCUCAGGUCCAAUGUAACCAGAUUCCUUUGGGAUAUACCAUACUUCAAGUUGAAGAUUAUGAUUUUUGUGUUGGUGGGAUUUUUUUUUUUUUUUUUUUUUUAAAUACUAAAAAAAAUCUGUGUUUUAUUUUUUUUGUGAUGACUAAAAUAUGCUAGCUUAGUCAAGUCAGGACUUGCAUUAUGUAAUAAAUAUUCUAGUUUUGUUCAUGUCUUCCUCUAGGUCUUGGUGUUGUACAAGCCCGAGCUCAGCCAUCAAAUAUUUGCUGUCUUGUCUUUUAUAUAUUUCUACAUGCUAUGUGGGCUCACUGUGUUCUGGUUUCAGUGCUUGAUCAUUAUCAUUAAAACCCAGUUAAAUAUA